GCUUUUUUGCUCCAGGGGGGUUUCAAGGUCCGAUUUGUGGACAAGGUGGGUGAACCAUCCUUUAUUUGCAGACAAGUUUUAAAAUUUGUUGACUGAGCACCCCCCCCCCACCCCAGAUGGCAAAAAGGUUCCUCGCUUUUGCAAGGUAAUUUUUUCAAGGGGGUGUCACUGUAAUUUUUCAAUAAUAUUAACAGCAAUUAACUUUAAAGUCUCCAAAAAAAACUGAAACUUAGGAAAGUGAACUCAGUGUGUCCCUCUUUGGGAACAAGCCAUCAAUUGAAUUGUAAUAACUAGAUCAAAAUGAGAAAUUGUAAUACUCACAGUCAACUGGAUCCGAUCGUACCGUUCUUUUCUGCAUGGUAGUGAGAAGUGGUGGUGGGUUUGGUACAUCGAAUUUUCUGCUGAUUUGUAAAAUUGGGGAGGAGAUCUGGCUCAAAAUGAAUGGAACAAAGCGAGCAGUUUUUACUAAAGUACUCAGGAGUUUUCUUCAUUAAAUCAGCUCGCCGACAAUUCUAAAGCCAUUCUCUGCAACUGAAUAAAGUUUAACAAAUUCCUUUUUAUUUUAGAAAGUACAAAUCACGACACAAUAAAGGGAAAUUCGCUUAAAAUUAUUUAAAAAAAUCGAUAUACAAGAAAUAAGCAGGUUAAUAAACAUAGGAAAGGAGGAGUAUGCUGCUUUCUUACUGAGAAGGAUCGAACAGAAACCCGAAGAAAUUCAGCUCUGGGUGAGCCAAAUUAUUAUUCUGACAAUUGAUUGCAGCACAAUGAUACAAUUUCUUCGAAGAUUUAUCUGAUAUCGUGCCAAUCGGUAUUGUUUCGAGAUCCGAGAGCUGCGCAUGUCUGUAUUGAAACAAGACUGACGUGUCAAAUUUGGUGCGAACAAGAAAAUGAUGUCAACUUGUUUCUUUUGUAAAUCAAAAUCUAUCCUUGGGCAGCUGCUUCAGGUAAGAAGUACUUUUGAGCAUAAAAUUGACCUUUAAUUCGAGCAUUAAAAGGCAUCUCAAAUUUAGCAAAAACCACCUUUAAAUACUUUAAAGAUAAAUAUCUUUCUUUCAAAAAAGGAUUUUCGAUCAACUAUGCCCUGGGGACGCUGCAUUAUUUGCCAGAAAUCAAUUUCUGAGAACGCAUUACACAGAAAGCAUGAAAUUCCAACAAAGUAUAACUAACAAUAAGGCACGCUUGAAAAAAGAAAGACUUUUGAAAUUUAAGAUGUGGAAAUUCAAAAAGAUGAUUGUUUUCAAGAAGAGCUCUGUUCUAGUCUCGUCAAAACAAGACAAUCUAUUCAGGCAGCUUUAAACCCAGAUCAUCAUUGCUUUUUCUGUGAGAACCAAGAUGAGCCUCGGAACAUACACUUACUGCCUCUAAUAUUGAGAUCAAUAAGAAUGUAAGGAAGAGUGCCAUUCUAUUAAAUGAUAGGAAAAUCAUUGCUAAGCUGGCAGCAAGAGAUUUGAUUGCCAUCGUGGCAAAGUACCAUGCAAAUUGUGUCAUAUCUAAAACCGACGGGAACAGGCCUGGCAAAGAAACUUGGAUCCAGACCAUUUCAAGCUAAUAAUGCCAGAGGGCAGUCUUGAAAUCAUCUUCAAAAUCAAUGUUCAGGAACAAACACCUACUUUAAUCUUUAGGCAAUUAUUCUGUCAUUUUUGAAGUAUGGAUUUUUCAUUUUCUUAAUGUAAGAAUAAACAAUAGACCAUUCCCUCCAAUAGGGUUAAACAAAAAGCAUGUCAGAAAAUUGAUAAUUCUGUUAAAAUAAACAUGGUUCUUUGCUUCGUGAUCCCAAGGGAAACAUUGGCCAUGCAUCAAAAUUGGAGGUUAGUAAAUAAAAUGGGGGUUCUGAUGAAAAAUAUGUUACCAACUGCAAAAUAUUUACAGUACUUCACUCACACUAUGUUACUUCUAUUUUUAUCAAUUUACUACUUUACUUUCAAGGUGCAUUAGAAUAAAAUGGUUGAAUUAUUGUAUAAUUUGGAAGCUUGUAACUCGUGUGAAACAUUGACUCUCUCCAAUGUCUUACUAAUAAAUUUGGGGGUUUGAAUUUAAAUAGGAGGUUGAAAAGUUACCCAAAAUUUCACAAUGUGGGACGUCUCUGUUAAAUUUUAGUAUCAACAAUAACAGUAUUGGGAAGAAUGUUCUUUUACAUAAUAACAAUAAGAGUCAAAAUGCUGCUUAUGACUGGCAUUUUUACCCAUAGCUUCUUUUGAUAGUUUCUUCAAUUGCAUUUGCUCUGCCUUUUCCUGUGUCAAAGCCUAACCAAUUCUGCUAUGCUAUAUUAUAGUUGUCUCUUGCAAGUCGAUUGCAAAACACGAGAUUGGUUCUGGGAGUGACAGUUUUUGGCUUAAGUUUAUGCCGAAUGUGUGAUUAUAUAAUAUUUAAUGAACUUCAAUUUACCCAGAAUGAAUCAAUAACCAUAGAUACGUUAACUAUUUUGAUUGAUGAAAUGUUUCAAUACUUGGAAGGAAGACAUCUCCUUUAAAGUUGGAAUCUGUACCAUGGAACCAGAAUUUAUAUUGUACUUGGCGGUCCACCAAGCAAGAUAAAUUAUGAAAGGUACAGCCAAGGAGAUAGGGAAUGGAGGAAAACAUAAGAAAGAAACAAACUGUUUGAGAAGCUCAUUGUGAGUAUGCUUUGACACUUGUUAAUCAAGUCGACAAGUUGCAAGAUAAGUCCAAUUUGAAACUUUUGCAGUAUCAGCUGAGAGACAAACAGAAGAGGGUUGAUAGAUUUGAUGAGGAAUUCUUGGGCCUUGCUUGUGAUGAAGAGGAUGGAGAUUGUAGAAAAAAAGUUUCUGAUUCCGAAGAUUUUAAGCAGUGAAUUCAAAGAGCCCUGGUGCAAAUAGUAAAUAUUUUGCUAGAUGGCAGGGACAGAACGUCCAUGAGAACAUUGGAUAACAGGUAAGUGUAAACUUGACAGCAACUUUGCCAAAAAAUAAAAUGCCCACUAGUGGGCUUCGAGCAAUAGGGGUCGCAGGAAAACAAAGUGGGCUUCAAGCAAUAGGGGUCAAUGAUAGGAGCUAUUCAUGCCUUGUUGUGCCAUCCUUGUUGGUGAAAUUUCCAGAAAGUAAUAGAACAAGUCUGGUGAUAGCAGCUUACUGCCCGGAAUAUUGACUAUAUAUUGAAUAUUGACGAAAUAUUGAAAUAUUUUCUGUGUGCAUUGCGGAAAGAGCUAGAUAUCAGCCAAUCAUAUGCAUCGCUGGUAGGGAAGCCGAACAGUGACAACAGUGGAGCUUGGACUUGAAAGAGGGACAUACUGCCAAUGUUGAAACAGCAGAAGUUUGUCAGUUCUUUGCAGAUGAGUGUAAGAAGUAAACACCGUUCAUUCUGUUUGAAAGAACAAGAGGAAACAUUUGUGAUAUUAUAACAAAUAUCAAUAAACGAAACAACAUUGUAAACCGAUUUGGAAGAUGUUUCCUAUGUUUAGAUAAAAGAAAGCGUGUUUAUCUGUGUAGGAUUACAAAUUUAUGGUUAUAUUGCAAGGGCAGGCCCCAUUGAUCUCUUUACGAUAGGCCUAAGUUGGUUUCACCUAGUUUUCCUUCUCCAGUAGUUAAGAAAUUUGUGCUUAGCAAUAGUUUCUAAUCUGUGCUGCCUAAGUUUACAAUGACAGCUUAUGUAGAGAGUGUAGAAUGUGGAGGGAACAUUGCACUUCAGACUGUUCUAUGUUAUGUUUUACAGGGGAAAUCAUAAAUAAUUGGUCACCUCUGAUGCUGUUUCUAAGGCAGGUAUUAUUCCUUCAAGCAAGGAAUUGAUAUAUAUUACAAGAUUUGGUGAUAAAGUUGCAACUGUUACUUCUAAUGAUAUGUUAAGUAAGAUUUGAGUCCAUUGAAUGGUGGACAGAUUGUGUCAAUUGAUGUCUUUGUUGUGAGUUUAAUUUCAGAGGCAACGAUUUAGCAACUAGAGUUGGUCAAGAAGGUGUACAAUCAUUUGCAAGAUUCAUGCUUCUCAGAUGUGGGGCCAAAGAAAUGUUGCUUAGAGAUCUCAGUAUUAAUUGGUACAGAUUAUUUGUGGCAUUUCCAAGACGAAGAAGGGUCAUUCCAGCUCAAAUGUGCCAAUUUUCAGAAAUGUUCACAGGUCAUAUCCUAAAAAAAUUAAAAAAAUCAGGCAAAUAGAAAAAUGAAAAGUUAGAGGUAGCAAACAGGCUGAUGUACAUAGACAUGUCAAUUGUUGAUAAAUUUCGAGAAACUGUUUCAAGUAGAAUAGAUUUGCAAGAAAGAAGUAAGGCUUUGCAGAGAACAUUUUUGGUCCUUGUACAGCAGUGAUGAUCAGCAACCAUCUUUCAAUCCAUUAAAAAAGAAGGAACUUUGCAAUCAGGCAGGAGCAAAAAAAAUCUUUGAUGCCAUUUUGAAUGCAGUGUCUUGUACGGUGGCCCAUAAAGGCAAUACAAAAGUUUGCAAACAACUACGGAUGUUUUGAAACGAAUACAAAAAUACAUUAUAUUAUCAGAGAAUAUGUAUCCCAAAACGAAAAAUUAAACUCCACUACCAAAAAGUAAAUUCCACUACGAAAAAUAAAUUCCACUACAAAAAAGAAAGUACCACCGCAAACAAGUAAAUUCCACUACAAAAGUAAAUUCAGCCUCGUUUUGAGAAGCCAGCCCCUGUUUUGACAGACGAUAGCUCAAAAUGGAUGAUCCUGCGAAGUUUUGCCAUGUUUGUUCGAUUGAAGAAGCAUCUGAUUCAUUCAAAUUUUGCCCUAGUUGUGGUACAUUAUUGGCUUCUUAUGAAGAGUCAAUCAUUAAUCACUAUUUUUUAAAGGGUUUCAGUACAAUAGCAUUAUCCGUAUGCUUUACAAGAGGCACGGAAUAAAGAUGUGCGAGAGAACACUAAGGUAUCGUUUAUCUGCUUUUGGACUCUCCCGGCGUCUUGCAGAAUAUGAUUCAAAUGAUAUCCGCAACCGCAUAGCACAGGAACUAGAUGGCCCAGGAUGCAUAGGGGGUUAUCGCUCGACUUGGCACACACUGAGAAUGGAAGGUAUGCAAGUUCCAUGUCGUAUUGUUCAAGAUGUUGUCAAGGAACUAGAUCCAGAAGGUUGUGACUUACGUGAAAGAAAACGCUUGCGGAGAAGGAAAUACAGAACCCCAGGACCCAACUAUGUUUGGCACCUGGACGGAUAUGACAAAAUUAAGCCAUUUGGAUUUCCAAUUCAUGGCUGCAUUGAUGGUUGGAUUCGAAAGACAAUGUGGUUGAAAGUUGAUCGUUCCAACAAUAAACCAGAAAUUCCCAGAGGAUUUUUCCUUGACUGUGUGCAAAAGUAUGGUGGCUGUCCAGUAAGGGUAAGAAGUGACUGUGGAACUGAAAAUGGCAUAAUUUGUGCCAUGCAAUGUCAUUUUCAUGGAAGUGCAGAUGCUCAUAUCUAUGGGAAGUCACCAGCCAAUCAGAGAAUUGAGGGGUGGUGGUCUUAUUAUCGCAGGAGUAGAUCCACAUGGUGGAUCAAUUAUUUUAAAGAUCUAAUUGAGCAGGAAAUUGUUCAUCCAGGGAAUACUUUGGAAGAGGAAGCUUUAUGGUUUUGCUUCUCAGCUUUGAUUCAAGUUGAUCUAGAUCAUGUUAAAGAUCACUGGAACAGCCAUAGGAUCCGUAAUUCAGGUCAUAGCACAGUUCCUGGGAUACCAGAUGAAUUAUAUUACUCACCUGAAAACAAUGGUGGAGAAGAUGGAUUAUUAAAAACGAUUUCAAAUGAUGAAAUCAAAUUAGUAGCAGACAAUUUGUUACAAUAUAAUGAAGAAGAAAAUGACUACCAAGUUUAUUUUGAAUACAUUAUCGAAAACAGCUCAUUUCAAAUGCCAAACAACUGGAGAGAAGCUGAAGAAUUAUUUAAAGAGUUGGUAGUUAUAGGAUCAUCAUAACUGGUUGUAAAAAUUCAAUUCAAUUUCAUUGACAAAUAUACCUAAAUACAUUACAAUACAGAAUAAAAUUUAUUGACAUAACAUUACAACAUAGAACU